AUGGAGUUCCAGACCGAGGUGAACUACGACACCCUGGAGGUGCGGGACGGGCCGGGCAGCUCGUCCCCGCUGAUCGGGGAGUACCAGGGCACGCAGGCCCCCCAGUUCCUCAUCAGCACCGGCCACUCCAUGCGCCUGCUCUUCACCACGGACAGCAGCCGGGCCAGCGUGGGCUUCCUCAUCCGCUACGAGAGUGUGACGCUCGAGUCGGACGCCUGCCUGGACCCCGGCAUCCCCGUGAACGGCCGUCGGCACGGCAGCAACUUCGGCAUCGGGUCGACCGUGACCUUCGGCUGCGACCCUGGGUACACGCUCAGCGACGAUGAGCCGCUCGUCUGCGAGAGGAACCACCAGUGGAACCACGCGCUGCCCAGCUGCGACGCCCUCUGUGGAGGCUACGUCCACGGGAAGAGCGGGACCGUCCUGUCUCCGGGGUUUCCAGACUUUUACCCAAACUCCCUCAACUGCACCUGGACCAUCGAAGUGUCCCACGGAAAAGGGGUCCAGAUGAUGUUCCACACCUUCCACCUGGAGAGCUCGCACGACUACCUGCUGGUCACGGAGGACGGGAGCUUCUCGGAGCCCGUGGCCCGGCUCACAGGGUCGGUGCUGCCUCACACCAUCAAGGCGGGCUUGUUCGGCAACUUCACCGCCCAGCUGCGCUUCAUCUCGGACUUCUCCAUCUCCUACGAGGGCUUCAACAUCACCUUCUCUGAGUACGACCUGGAGCCGUGCGAGGACCCCGGCGUCCCCGCCUUCAGCCGCAGGAUGGGCUUCCGCUUCGGGGUCGGGGACGCGCUGACCUUCUCCUGCUUCGCGGGGUACCGCCUGGAAGGGGCCACCACGCUGACCUGCCUGGGCGGGGGCCGCCGGGUGUGGAGUGCGCCUCUGCCAAGGUGUGUGGCUGAGUGUGGGGCGAGGGUCACGGGCAGCGAAGGGACGCUGCUGUCGCCGAACUUCCCGUCCAACUACGACAACCACCACGAGUGCAUCUACAGCAUCGAGACGGAGGCCGGCAAGGGCAUCCGCCUGUGGGCGCGCACCUUCCAGCUGCAGGAGGGGGACACGCUCCGGGUGUUCGAUGGGCGAGACGGCGCCUCCCGACCCCUGGGGACCUUCACACGGCGCGAGCUGCUGGGCCUGACCCUGAACAGCACCUCCAACCACCUUCGGCUGGAGUUUGACAGCAACGGCGCGGACACGGCUGCCGGCUUCCAGCUCAGCUACACCAGCUUCGACCUGGUGAAGUGCGAGGACCCCGGGGUGCCCAGCUACGGCUACCGGGUCCGGGACGACGGCCACUUCGCGGACACCGCCGUCGUGUUCAGCUGCAACCCCGGCUACGCCAUGCACGGCAGCAGCACGCUGACCUGCCUGAGCGGGGACCGCAGAGUGUGGGACCAGCCCCUGCCCUCCUGCGUGGCGGAGUGCGGUGGGCAGAUCCACGCGGCCACCUCGGGGCGCCUGCUGUCCCCCGGCUACCCGGCGCCCUACGACAACAACCUGCACUGCACCUGGGUCAUCGAGGCCGACCCCGGGAGGACCAUCAGCCUCCACUUCAUCCUGUUCGACACGGAGAAGAGCCACGACGUCCUGCGGGUGUGGGACGGGCCCGCGGACGGCGCCGUCCUGCUGAAGGAGUGGAGCGGCUCGGCCCUGCCCGGCGACAUCCACAGCACCUUCAACACGCUCACCCUGCAGUUCGACAGCGACUUCUUCAUCAGCAAGUCCGGCUUCUCCCUGCAGUUCUCGACCUCGGUAGCGUCCACCUGCAACGACCCGGGGAUGCCUCAGAAUGGCACCCGCUACGGGGACAGCAGGGAGCCGGGCGACACCGUCACCUUCCAGUGUGACCCCGGCUACCAGCUGCAGGGACCCGCCAGGACCACCUGCGUGCAGCUCAACAACCGCUUCUUCUGGCAGCCGGACCCGCCCACCUGCACAGCCACCUGCGGCGGGAACCUGACCGGCCCGGCGGGGGUCAUCCUGUCCCCCAACUACCCGCAGCCGUACCCUCCCGGGAAAGAGUGUGACUGGCGAGUGAGGGUGAACCCCGACUUUGUCAUCGCCUUGAUCUUCAAAAGCUUCAACAUGGAGCCCAGCUACGACUUCCUGCACGUGUACGAGGGCGAGGACUCCAACAGCCCGCUCAUCGGCAGCUUCCAGGGCUCGCAGGCCCCCGAGCGCAUCGAGAGCAGCGGCAACAGCCUCUUCCUGGCCUUCCGGAGCGACGCCUCCGUGGGCCUGUCCGGCUUCGCCAUCGAGUUCAAAGAGAAGCCCCGGGAAGCCUGCUUUGACCCCGGGAACAUAAUGAACGGGACCAGAGUCGGGACGGACUUCAAGCUGGGCUCCUCCGUGACCUACCAGUGUGACUCCGGCUACAAAAUCGUGGACCCUGCAUCCAUCACGUGUGUGAUCGGAGCGGACGGGAAGCCGGCCUGGAACCAGGCCCUGCCCACCUGCAGUGCUCCCUGUGGCGGCCAGUACACAGGGUCCGAAGGCGUGGUGCUGUCCCCCAACUUCCCCCAGAACUACACGGCCGGCCAGACGUGCCUGUACUCCAUAACGGUGCCGAAGGAAUUCGUCGUGUUCGGGCAGUUCGCCUACUUCCAGACGGCCCUGAGCGACGUGGCCGAGUUGUUCGACGGGACCCACCCGCAGGCCCGGCUCCUCAGCUCGCUCUCCGGCUCCCACUCAGGCGAGACGCUGCCCUUGGCGACGUCCAAUCAGAUUCUGCUCCGAUUCAGUGCGAAGAGCGGGGCGUCGGCCCGCGGCUUCCACUUCGUGUACCAAGCGGUCCCUCGCACCAGCGACACCCAGUGCAGCUCGGUGCCCGAGCCCAGGUACGGCCGCAGGAUCGGCUCCGAGUUCUCGGCGGGUUCCAUCGUGCGGUUCGAGUGCAGCCCCGGGUACCUGCUGCAGGGGUCGGCCGCCCUGCGCUGCCAGGCGGUGCCCAACGCCCUUGCCCAGUGGAACGACACCAUCCCGAGCUGCGUGGUGCCCUGCAGCGGCAGCUUCACGCAGCGGAGGGGCACGGUCCUGUCGCCCGGGUACCCGGAGCCCUACGGGAACAACCUCAACUGCGUCUGGCGGAUCCUGGUGGCCGAGGGCUCGGGCAUUCAGAUCCAGGUCAUCAGCUUCGCCACCGAGCAGAACUGGGACUCCCUGGAGAUCUACGACGGCGGGGACGCCACGGCGCCCAGGCUGGGCAGCUUCUCAGGGACCACGGUGCCUGCCCUGCUCAACAGCUCGUCCAACCAGCUCUACCUGCACUUCCAGUCGGACAUCAGUGUGGCCGCCGCCGGCUUCCACCUGGAGUACAAAACCGUGGGGCUCGCCGCGUGCCAGGAGCCGGCCCUGCCCAGCAACGGGCUCAAGACAGGCGACCGGUACAUGGUGAAUGACGUGCUGGCCUUCCAGUGUGAGCCAGGGUACACGCUGCAGGGCCGCUCUCACAUCUCCUGCAUGCCCGGCCCGGUGCGCCGCUGGAACUACCCGCCGCCGCUCUGCCUCGCGACGUGCGGGGGGACGCUGAGCAGCCUGGCCGGCGUGAUCCUGAGCCCCGGCUUCCCUGGCGCCUACCCCAGCAACCUGCACUGCAGCUGGCGGAUCGCCCUGCCCGUGGGCCAUGGCGCGCACAUCCGGUUCCUGAACUUCUCCACGGAGGCCAACCACGACUUCCUGGAGAUCCAGAACGGGCCGCACCCCACCAGCCCACUGCUCGGCCAGUUCAGCGGCCCCGACCUGCCGGCCGCGCUGCUCAGCACCACCCACGAGACCCUCGUCCGCUUCUCCAGCGACCACUCCCAGAGCCGGCAGGGCUUCCGGCUGGCCUACCGAGCCUAUGAGCUGCAGAACUGCCCGGACCCGCCCCCCUUCCCCAACGGGUACCUGGUCGGCUCCGACUACAGCGUGGGCCAGUCCAUCUCCUUCCAGUGUUACCCCGGGUACAUUCUCAUCGGCCACCCCGUCCUCACCUGUCAGCACGGGACCGACCGAAGCUGGAGCCACCCCUUCCCCAGGUGUGACGCUCCCUGUGGCUACAACAUCUCGGCUCCCAACGGCACCAUCUACUCACCCGGCUUCCCCGACGAGUACCCGGUGCUGCAGGACUGCCUGUGGCUGCUCACCGCACCGCCCGGCCACGGCAUCUACAUCAACUUCACGCUGCUGCAGACCGAGGCCGUCAACGACUACAUCGCCGUGUGGGACGGCCCGGACCAGAGCGCGGCCCAGCUCGGCGUCUUCAGCGGGAACACAGCCCUGGAGACCGCACGCAGCUCCACCCGCCACGUGCUGCUCGGCUUCCACAGCGACUUCUCCAACGGCGGCUUCUUCGUCCUCAACUUCCACGCGUUUCAGCUCAAGAAGUGCCCGCCGCCCCCGGCCGUCCCGCAGGCGGAGCUGCUGCGUGAGGACGAGGACUUCGAGAUCGGGGACUCCGUGCGGUACCUCUGCCACCCCGGCUACACGCUGUCGGGCUCGGACACGCUCACCUGCAAGCUCGGUGCCCAGCUGCAGUUCCAGGGCUCGCUCCCCACGUGCGAAGCCCAGUGCCCGGCCAAUGAGGUCCGCACGGAGUCCUCGGGGGUCAUCCUGAGCCCCGGUUACCCCGGCAACUACUUCAACUCGCAGACCUGCUCCUGGACCAUCCGCGUGGAGCCGCGCUACAACAUCACACUCUUCGUGGACAGCUUCCAGAGCGAGAAGCAGUUCGAUGCCCUGGAGGUGUUUGACGGCUCUUCCGGGCAGAGCCCGCUGCUCGUGGUGCUGAGCGGGAACCACACGGAGCAGGCGCGCUUCACCAGCAGCGGCAGCCAGCUGUUCCUGCGCUGGUCCACCGACCACGCCACCAGCAAGAAGGGCUUCAAGAUCCGCUACUCAGCCCCUUACUGCAGCCUGACCCACACGCCCAGGAACGGCGGCGUCUUGAACAGGACUGCGGGGGCGCUGGGCAGCACCGUGCACUACUCCUGCCAGCCCGGGCACCGCCUGGUGGGCCGCGGCAACGCCACGUGCACCCGGAACCCCGUGGGCAUGUUCCAGUGGGACGCCCUCCCGCCGCUGUGCCAGGCCGUGUCCUGCGGCAUCCCCGAGGCCCCGGGGAACGGCUCCUUCGCGGGGAACGAGUUCACCUUGGGCAGUAAAGUCACCUACGAGUGUGACGAGGGCUUCACGCUCGAAGGCAGCCAGCGAGCCACGGCCGUGUGCCGGGAAGACGGGUCCUGGAGCCACGGAGGGACGCCGCCCGCCUGCAAGCCCGUCACGUGCCCCGGCAUCGAGGCGCAGCUGGCGGAGCACGUCACCUGGAGGCUGGUGUCGGGGGCCCCGAAUGAGUUCGGCGCGCAGGUGGUGCUGAGCUGCAGCCCCGGCCACCACCUGGAGGGCGCCCGGCUGCUGCGGUGCCAGGCCGACGGCACGUGGAGCACGGGCGAGCAGCGGCCCCAGUGCAGAGUGAUCUCAUGCGGAAGCCUGUCCUUCCCCCCCAACGGCAACAAGAUCGGGACGCUGACCGUGUACGGGGCCACAGCCAUAUUCACGUGCAACACGGGCUACACGCUGGUGGGGUCCCACGUGCGAGAGUGCCUGGCGAGCGGGCUGUGGAGCGGCGCCGAGACGCGGUGCCUGGCCGGCCACUGCGGCUCCCCGGACCCCAUCGUGAACGGCCACAUCAGCGGAGACGGCUUCAGCUACAGGGACACCGUGGUGUACCAGUGCCACGCCGGCUUCCGGCUGGUGGGCACCUCCGUGCGGAUAUGCCUGCAGGACCACAAGUGGUCGGGACAGACCCCGGUGUGUGUGGCCAUCACCUGCGGGCACCCUGGGAACCCCACCCACGGCCUCACCAACGGCAGCCAGUUCAACCUGAACGAUGUGGUGAACUUCACCUGCAACACGGGCUACGUGCUGCAGGGGGCACCGCAGGCCCAGUGUCGGAGCAACGGCCAGUGGAGCAGCACCCUGCCCACCUGUCGAGUGGUCAACUGCUCGGACCCCGGCUCCGUGGACAACGCCGCCCGCCAGAGCAUCCCUGAGAGCCUCGUCUACGGGCAGACUGUCGUCUACCACUGCAAGAAGGGCUUUUACCUGCUGGGCUCGUCCGCCUUGACCUGCACGGCCAGUGGCUUGUGGGACCGCUCCCUCCCCAAGUGCUUGGCCAUAUCCUGUGGGCACCCGGGCGUGCCCGCCAACGCCAUCCUCACGGGGGACGUGUUCACGUUCGGGGCCACGGUCCACUACUCUUGCCAAGGGGCCCGCAGCCUGGUGGGCGACCACAGCCGCGUGUGCCAGGAGGAUGGCCACUGGGGCGGGGCCCUGCCCCACUGCACAGGAAACCACCCUGGAUUCUGUGGAGACCCGGGCACCCCCGCCCACGGGUCCCGGCUGGGCGACGAGUUCAAGGCCAAGAGCCUGCUGCGCUUCUCCUGCGAGGUGGGCUACCUGCUGCGCGGCUCCCCCGAGCGCACCUGCCUGCUCAACGGCUCGUGGUCCGGGCAGCAGCCGGCGUGUGAAGCUGUGUCCUGUGGGAACCCCGGCACGCCCACCAACGGCAUGAUCGUCAGCAGUGAUGGCAUCCUGUUCUCCAGCUCCGUGGUCUACGCCUGCUGGGAGGGCUACCGGACCUCAGGGCUGACCACCCGGCACUGCACUGCCAACGGGACCUGGACCGGCACCGCUCCCGACUGCACAAUCAUCAGCUGUGGAGAUCCGGGCACACCAGCCAACGGCAUCCAAUUCGGCACCGACUUCACCUUCAACAAGACCGUGAGCUACCAGUGCAGCCCCGGCCACAUCCUGGAGCCGGCCUCGGGGGCCACGCUCCGCUGCAUGGGGGACGGCGCCUGGAGCCACAGCAGACCUGUCUGCAGAGCCGUCCUGUGCAGCCCGCCGCCCCCCGUCCCGCACGGAGAAGUGGAGGGCACCGACUUCCGCUGGGGCGCCAGCAUCAGCUACAGCUGCGCAGCCGGCUACCAGCUGUCGCACCCUGCCAUCCUGUCCUGCGAGGGCCCGGGCGUGUGGAAGGGGGAGACGCCCCAGUGCCUGCCUGUGUUCUGUGGAGACCCGGGCACCCCCGUGGAGGGCCGGCUCAGCGGCAAGAGCUUCACCUACAAGUCUGAGGUCUCCUUCCAGUGCCGGCCGCCCUUCGUCCUCGUGGGCUCUCCCCGGAGGACCUGCCAGGCUGACGGGGCGUGGAGCGGCGUGCAGCCCGCCUGCAUCGAUCCUGCUCACAACACCUGCCCAGACCCGGGGACCCCACACUUCGGAAUACAGAACAGCUCCAGGGGCUACGAGGUGGGCAGCAGCGUGUUCUUCAGGUGCAGGAAGGGCUACCACGUGCAGGGCUCCACCACGCGCACCUGCCUCGCCAACCUGACGUGGAGCGGGAUCCAGACCGAGUGCAUCCCUCACGCCUGCCGACAGCCCGAGACGCCGGCCCACGCGGACGUGCGAGCCAUCGAGCUCCCCGCCUUCGGCUACACGCUGGUCUACACCUGCCACCCGGGCUUCUUCCUGGCCGGCGGCUCUGAGCACAGGACGUGCAAGGCCGAUCUCAAGUGGACCGGGAAGUCGCCCGUCUGUAAAAGUAAAGGAGUGAGAGGAGUUAAUGACACAGUUACUAAAACGCCAGUUCCUUCCGACGUGUUCUUCGUGGGCUCCGUGUGGAAGGGGCACUAUGAGUACCUGGGGCAGAGGCAGCCGGCCACGCUGACGGUGGACAGCUUCAACGCCACCCGCAGCCGGGUGAACGCCACCUUCGCCGCAGCCUCGCAGGCGGAGCUGAAGCUGACAGGCGUCUACAAGAAGGAGGAGGCCCACUUACUGCUGAGGGCCUUCCAGACCAAAGGGCCCGCAGACGUGUUUGUCAGCAAGUUUGACAGCGAACCCUGGGGCCUGGACGGCUACGUCUCCUCCGGGCUCGAGAGAGGAGGGUUCACCUUCCAAGGGGACGUCCGAGGGGAAGACUUCGGGAAAUUCAAGCUCGAGAGGCAAGAUGCCCUGAGCUCCGACCAGGACGCUGUGCACCGCCACCUGGGCACCAGCAGCGGCUCCGUCGCCGCCGCCAUCCUGGUCCCGUUCUUCGCUCUAAUCUUGUCAGGGUUUGCGUUUUACCUCUACAAACACAGAACGAGACCAAAAGCUCAGUACAACGGCUACGCCGGCCACGAGAACAGCAACGGGCAGGCUUCCUUCGAGAACCCCAUGUACGACACAAACUUAAAGCCCACGGAGGCCAAGGCCGUGCGCUUCGACACGACACUGAACACGGUGUGCACCGUGGUAUAGCCUCCGCGUGGGACUGGACCAUAGCCAUACCUCGGACGGGCAAGCCUGACUGGUGCCAUGGCCCUUCUCCCCCGGCUUGGCCGCAGCCACCUCCACAUCUUCCGAUCCAUGCAACGGGUGUCCAUGGAGCACACAGGGUGUCCACGGAGCAUGCAGGUGUCCACGGAGCGUGCAGGUGUCCGCGGAGCAUGGGGUGUCCACAGAGAGCAUGGGGUGUCCACGGAGCAUGUGCUGUGUCCACAGAGUGUGCAGGUGUCCACAGAGCAUGGGGUAUCCACAGAGCAUGUGCGGUGUCCACGGAGCGUGAGGUGUCCACAGAAUGUGCAGGUGUCCACAGAGCGCGUGGGGUGUCCACGGAGCACAUGCGGUGUCCACGGAGUAUGCAGGUGUCCACAGAGUACAUGAGGUGUCCACAGAAUGUGCAGGUGUCCACAGAGCGCGUGGGGUGUCCACGGAGCACAUGCGGUGUCCACGGAGUAUGCAAGUGUCCACAGAGUACAUGGGGUGUCCACAGAGCGUGCGGGUGUCCACGGAGCGUGCGGGUGUCCACAGAGCGUGUGGGUGUCCACGGAGCAUGUGGGGUGUCCACAAAGCGCGUGGGGUGUCCAUGGAGCGUGCAGGUGUCCACGGAGCGUGGAGAGUCUUCUGAGCACUGGCCACCCUGUCCCUUCAUCCUGCCAGCAGAGUCUCUAUGUCUGACUUUGCCUGCUUGGGGUCAAGACCGCCCGGCCACGCCGCCCCACGGUACUCAAUGUCUCCGACCGCCUGUGUCCGCGAGGCGGGGAGCCUUCCCAUGCACCUGGGCCCGGUUACAGCCUCAGGGGCACCACGACACAUUGUGCGCAUGUGGUUCUCCAGCCCGUGAACCGAAGAACUCUGCAAAACACACGCUCUCUGGACGAAGACACUUCCCGGCCUGCACACACCUGCACACGCUCCGCCAUCCUUCUGGCCCCACCUCACCGCUGCCGGGACCCCGGAGGCCCUCCGUGCCCCAGGGCAGCCACAAUCACCCGCCAGCUGUCCUGUUGCAGAAUUUUUGAUGCACAAUUUUUGCACUAGUGUGUGAUGAAUGACUGAGUAAGAUUCUGAUAAAAAAUAUACUAUUUACAGGGUUUGUACACCCCCCAUUGUACAUAAGCACCCUCUCAUCUCGAAGCUGAACAUCCCCCCUUAGGUGAGUGGAGGUGUGAGAGCAGGGAGAAGCCCAGCCGUGCCCAGGCAGGAGGGGCGCGGGCGUGCAGAGAGGCGCCGUGUUGCUGCUUCUUUAGCUGCAGCCCACAUGGGAGUCUGAGCAAACAGAGGCCUUCGUUCCCUACAGUUCCUCCCCAGCCCUCGCUGGCCCAGGUGUGUCCAGAGCAGGUGACAGCAUGCUGUCCGCCUGUGCACAUGUGAGCAGUCAUGUAUUUCAGUGGCUGGCAGACGUGUGGCUGGGGCUCCGGGACAGUCCCCCCCACCCCCUUAGCACUGUGUGUUCUCUUUGGCUGUGCCCCUGCCAUGUUGCAGCGAGGCCAGGAUGCCUCAGGAGCCUGGACCUGAUCCUGUGCCCACAGAGGGCCCAGCACUCCCGGGGGAGGUGGGGGCUGCAGGAGAAUGCUCACACCCGCCUCCACAGCACCCCAUCCCCAGCAUUAGCUUGUCUGCUGCUUCACGCUUCCCCUGGCAGGAGGGAGGUCAGAGCGGCCAGGUUUAAGCUCAUUCUUGGUAACUGACAAGCGAAGGCACAAAUGAAGGAGGUGUGACCCCCAGGGCGGUACAACCAGAACUAGGCCCUGGCAGGUGCGGCCGUGCGCGUGGACGCCACCAACUCCGAGCGAAAGCCAUGUUCAUCUCCACGUAGCGCCAUGGGAAACGUGUUCUGAAACGGCGAUUCUUCUUUCAUCAUUUUGCUUUGACGGCCCGUUACACAGGCAGCCAGUUUCCCUUUCUCCAUCGCAUCGGCGCCAGCAGGGGUGUGGGCGCGGCGACCCCGGUUCGGGUGGCGGCGCUCGCACCUCCUUCAAUCUGAUCCAUUGGCUUGUCCACUGCAUGUUGAAAUGCAGGGCUUCAUGAAACAUGAAAACUAACACAAAACCCUGUCGGGGUCACAGGAUGACACUAUUUCCAAGCUGCGCCUCCCCAGCCGAGUACCUGCCCAUCUGUCCUGCUGGGUGUGGGCCCUGCAGCUGGCGGGUGGCGCCAGCCCUCCAGCUCCAUGGCCCCUGCAGCUCUAGCUGUUGUGCUGACUUCUCCACGUUUCUCUGCCACCCGACUGCAGGACAGAGCUCUGCCCCACAUCCUGGAGCUCACACCUCUUCCCACCCGACAGCAGGGCAGAGCUCUGCCCCGCAUCCUGGAGCUCACACCUCUUCCCACCCGACAGCAGGGCAGAGCUCUGCCCCGCAUCCCGGAGCUCACACCCCUUCCCCUCCUCAGACCCAGAGGUCAGCCAGGCCAGGCCCCGGCACGCAGGGUGUGCAGGCACAGGGUCACUCCACAGCUUAGGUGUACAUAUCACACGCACACACACUGUGUACAUAUCCGAGUGAGUCAUUCGAGCAGGUGCAGGCGCCCCACCUCAGAGCCUGAGCACGCGUCUCCGUCCCCAUGUCCCUGCCCACAGGACACAGGCCCAAGACCCCCACGUCAGAUGAGGCAUCACCCCCAGGCGCACAGAACUGCCCUGUUAGGUGGGUCUAGAUUCUAGAGCCCGCUCCAUAGACACAGUCACUCCCUGAGCUAGUCUCUCCUCAGAACUUACUAGAAGGCUGUCCCGGCCCGUGGGGACCUGGCGCGGGGCGCCCAUGCUACCACAGGUUAUGUGCUUAAAGCUCUUUAAAGCUGCUGCUUGGCCCACACAUCUUGCCUUCCUUCAAGCUAGCUGCAAUAAUCUUUUUCUCCUGUAAAAUAUUUUGUAAGCAACGACGACACAGCAAUGAUAACGAAGGGGAAGGAGGAGGCUGGCUUUUGGAGCAGGCCCGUAUCACCGCCCGUCCGACAUCUCACCACAUGCUGCUGACAUGAGUUAGGUGCAAAAGACCUUUUUGUACAGAGAUAUAUUUUUUAUGAAGAAUUUGUAAAAUUAUUAAAUAUGCUGUAAUUUUUUGAUUAAUGUAGGUAAAUUGUUAAAAAAAAUAAAUGUUUUUACAACACAAAACUGUAAUUUUCCCAAUAAUGUACAUUGUACUAUCUCUAGCGGAUUUUUCAGUUCCAACCCAUGAAUUAAUAUUACUGUGGCCUGUUAAAAUGAACAGUAUCUUUUUUUUUUGUCAAAAAAAAAUUAUAAAGAGAGUGUAAUAUAGCCUGUGCAAUGCCACCUAUCUUUAAAG